UCGGGAUGAAGCCCUCCGCAGGGGGUGCCGCUAAGUGAACCCCACUGGCCUCCCGGGGCUUCUUCGCCCUCUGCCCACCCGCGUCCUCCCUCCGCUGGCUCCGAAGGGGCUGGAAGUGCGGCCCCCCGCCGCCCCGCAGACCAUGCGCUUCAAGCUGAGGAAAGUUCGCAAGCGGCGAGAGAUGCUGCUGCCGCAGCUGGGCUUCAUCUGCGCCAUCCUCUGCUUCGUGUGGUGCAUGUCCAGCCUGCUCUCCAAGCUGGGACAAGAAUCCGCUAUUACAGACAAAAAUGUUUUGUCAGAAAUAUGGAGGAAUAGAAGAUUGAUGGCCUCACAUAAUGUGACACAUGAAGAAAAGAACUGUACAGAGCCAGCAAUUAAUGAAUUUCCUGAAGAUGUAUUUACAAAUAAGGAUCGGCAGGAGGGAGCAGUGCUGUUUCAUAUUAUUGGUGCUUUUUAUAUGUUCUAUGCCUUGGCUAUAGUAUGCGAUGACUUCUUUGUUCCCUCGUUAGAGAAAAUUUGUGAGAAAUUACACUUGAGUGAAGAUGUUGCUGGAGCCACUUUCAUGGCUGCAGGAAGCUCGACCCCAGAGUUAUUUGCAUCUGUUAUAGGUGUAUUUAUCACUCAUGGUGAUGUAGGAGUUGGGACCAUUGUUGGGUCAGCAGUUUUCAACAUCCUUUGCAUUAUUGGCGUCUGUGGGAUAUUUGCAGGACAGGUGGUUCGUCUCACUUGGUGGUCUGUGUUUAGGGACUCCGUGUACUACACGUUUUCUGUGAUCCUUCUUAUCAUUUUCAUAUAUGAUGAGCAAAUAGUAUGGUGGGAGAGCCUUAUACUCAUCAUUAUGUAUUUCUUCUACAUACUUAUCAUGAAGUACAAUGUGAAGAUGCAAAAGUUGUUCACCAUCAAAAGCAUGAAUGUUGGGAAUGGCAACACAGUCAGCAAUGAGCUGGAAGAUGGUAAUAAAUGUUAUGACAUAAGCUGUGAUGACCCAUCCAUGCCAUUGCUAUGGAAAGUGAAGGGAAAGCAGCAAUAUGGCAAAAACCCGGUGGUGAUGGUGGAUGAGAUCAUCUGCUCCAGUCCUCCGAAAUUCCGCUUCCCUGAAGCUGGCUUACGAAUAAUGAUUACAAAUAAAUUUGGACCCAGAACCAGGCUGCGGAUGGCAAGCAGGCUCAUUAUUAACGAGCGUCAGCGACUGAUCCACUCUGCCAAUGGCACAAGCAAAAUGCUUCAAAAUGGGAAACAUGAAAAUAUUGAAAAUGGGAACAUCAUUGUGGAAAAUCAAGAGGAGGAGAAUGAGCAUGAAAACACAUCUCCCUUUUCAGCACCAGAUGGAAAAAUGAACAAAGUCAAAUGGAUUGUCACGUGGCCAUUGCUAUUCCUGCUCUUUUGUACCAUUCCAAACUGCAACAAACCACGUUGGGAGAACUUUUUUAUGCUGACAUUCAUUUUAUCCACUCUGUGGAUUGCUUUGUUCUCCUAUUUUAUGGUGUGGAUGGUUACUAUAAUUGGAUACACCCUGGGGAUCCCUGAUGUUAUCAUGGGCAUUACUUUCCUAGCUGCAGGAACGAGCGUUCCAGACUGCAUGGCCAGCUUAAUAGUAGCAAGACAAGGUCUUGGUGACAUGGCAGUGUCCAAUACAAUAGGGAGCAAUGUAUUUGACAUUUUAGUAGGCCUUGGAAUACCAUGGGGCAUGCAAACUAUGUUGAUUGAUUAUGGCUCAGUGGUUAAGAUAAAUAGCAAGGGACUGGUCUAUUCAGUUGUGCUUCUGCUGGGGUCUGUAGCUCUUACUGUGGGUGGAAUCCAUGUAAAUAAAUGGAAACUUGACAAGAAACUAGGCUUCUACGUGCUGUUUCUUUAUGCCAUUUUCCUAUGUUUCUCUGUAUUGAUAGAGUUUAAUGUCUUCACCUUUGUCAACUUUCCAAUGUGCCGAAAAGAUCUUUAAAACAAGCCACAACCAUGAGAGAGGCUGAAAUACUCUUGAUUCCUUGUGCUAUAAAUGAUAGGAGAUAUUUUACAUUUCUACCUUCUCAUCAGUAAUCUGAUUUUCUUUCCUGCUUUGUCAUCCAACAAGCACUUUUACUUACUUGGAAGGAAAACAAACCUUUCUUUUAAUAUGCUAGCUCAAGGCAACCAAAGCAUUUUCCUCUUUGGGUAUUGCUGUUCAGUCAUCCAACUUGUGGAUCUCAUGCAGAGCGCUCAAAAGUCCAAUCUUCAUGGUGUUCUGCUGUGGUUUUCAUUCUCCUUAUGUAGACAAUAAUGCACCACAGUCAAUCGGAACAAGACUAGAAAAAACUCUCCUCUCUCUUUUUUUGACAUUUAUUGCCCGUGGAAAAAGAAGAGGCUGGCUCAGAACUUUUUUUUAUUCCAUUAAAGCAUCGGAGCUACAGGACCAGAAAGUCCGAUGCACAUAAGAUGGCAUGCACUGUUGUGGACAUAUUUUUUUCCCCUUCAAGUGCUCUGUUUAUAGAGGAACUGCAUUGACAUUUAUAAGCCUUUGUUGGUGAUUUCUGAAUAUUUAAUCACUCUUUUUUAAAAAAGUGUGAAGAACACAUGAACAAUUUUACAGAGAAAGAAGAGAAAAUGGUUAAUAUCGUAUCACUUUUGAUGAUGCACACUAAGAGUAAUAGAAUCUGAAAUCUUCAAAAGAGAAUAUAUGUGCAAAAUAUUCAUACUUGAAAAAUGUGUUUUACCAUCAGCAAGGAAUACUGUACAAAUAUAAACUAACAUUUGUGGAAUAUUAAAGCCUGUAAGUAACAUUUUGCAUUGGUACUGGUAAGCCCACUUGUAAUUUUAGAAGAAACUAAAAGAUUAACGCCCAAUGGGGCAUCAGUUUCUAGUGGCAAUUGUUAUCUGAAAAAUAGAACAUGAACACAUUCCAGACCUUCUUGCAAUAUGAUGCAUCAGGGAUUUGGGGGGUAAUUUAUUUCAUUAGUAGUAUAUUAAUCUAGAAGCUGCUGCAUCUUCUCCAUUUUGUUUUGUUUUUGUUUGUAACCACAAACUUAAUAGAGAUGGGUACCCAACACUAAGUAAUCCAUAUAAUAAACAACUCUUACAAGACUAAGUCUGUCAUGGGAACUAUCUCCUUAAUCAGGAGAUAGUAUGCAGGAAGUUUUAAAGCAUGUCUUACUUUAGAGCCAAAUUAUUUUAACCCCACAGAACCAGAUUUUGAUUUUCUUUGCACCUGUAUAAAUCUAGAUUAAAAGAGUAACUCUGAAUUUUCCUGGGCAUAACUGAGAACAGAAUCUGGCUCAGAAUAAUGAGUAACAUUACCAAAACUGUGUAAUGUCACAGUUUGAAGUGGAGUUACAAAGAAGAUUCAUCAAAAGAAUUUAAUAUAUUUUGAAACUGCUUCUUAACUCUAAAAUGUAUUUUAAAGUUGUAUAUGAAAAAAAUAUAUAAGGUUUCUAAAGAAGCACAAUUAACUUUAUACAUAGAUUUAUUUUUUA